GGUCUUGCUCAGCUGCAACUGACCCGUGACUCCCGGGAGGAUGGCCGUCUCUGCUCCCCUGACGCCGCUGCCCCUGACCCAGUUAGUGGAAGACGGAAGGAGCAGCGUGCCGAACCAUCUACUUGAAUCCAAAAUCUAUGUCAAAGAGAAGAGUAAUGGCCUGAUCCAAGUUGAUCCUUCUGAACUACAUUUCAGUGGCUUCAAGCUCGAGAAAGACUAUGUGAAGAGCGUGAAACUAAUCAACAUCUCAUCUAGAGUGCUAAAUAUUCACAUCAUCCCCACUCAAACCAAGCAUUUCCGAACCAACUAUGCCAAAAAGUGCCGACUGAUUCCUGGCCUUGCCUACACAGUGAAAGUCAAAUUCUGUCCCCAUGAGUGGACCCGUGUCUCGGACUGUAUUCGAGUUCACUGUGAGGACGAUGAGAACCUUUUAAUUCCAGUUCACGCUUACCCCGCCACCGCUCAUGUGCAUAUCCCGACACGCGUUGACUUACCAGCAGCACCGCUUGGACAGAGUGUUAGCCACAUCAUUCCAUUGCGCUGCAGAUCUCCCGCUGAUUUGGAGUUUGAAGUGAACUUCAUUGAGCCACAUGAGGCCUUUUCCAUCCACCCACUCACAGGUGUGAUCCCAGCCAAUGGUAAAUCAAAGAUCACUAUUACCUUCAAACCCUGCCGCUAUGAGACUUGUCAGGUUACCGUUCGACUGCUUGUCUCACAAUUCAACACCAAAUCCUACCUAUGUACUAUUACCGGAAGCUCCGUCCCUCUUCUUGCUUUCAGGGAGCUUGCGCUUCAGGGUUCAGCUGCCAAAAGUAAAGGAUCUUUACCAGCCAUCCAAGUCCAAAGUCCAGUCAAACAAAAGUUUGCCAAGGAUGUCGUCAAACCCAAGGGUGCCACAGGAGGUCCCACUGGGAGCAAGCCAGGACCAAAGCCACUUGUAGAUGCCUCCUCCCAUGGGGGAGUGGCAAAGAUGCUCCACAAGGACAGUAGCAAACUUGGCGUCGAACAUCCAAACGAGGGUCUCCAGAAUAGGCAGAAGAAAGAGGCUGUUUUUCUAAAAAAGGUUCAACAAAAUGUAAAAGAAGAGGAAAUCAACCGCUUGAAAUUACAAGUACAUCUGGGUAAAGAUCCAGUGUCAGAUUCGACCAGGAGCCAAGUACUGGAGGACAGACUGGUUGCAUUACAUCAGUACCAGGUCAGGAAGGGAGAUGUAAGGCAAGAGAGAGACUUUACCAGCGGACCACCAAGACUCUACUCAAUACGACUCAUUUCUGACGCAGGGCAGGUCCCCAAAGGAACCCCCUCUUUCCAGUUUCACCCCAGCUUUCAGUGGGCGCUUAAACAGAGGGCGCUAAAACGCUUCCAGCAAGCAGCACGCAGGGUUUUGAUGCAAUGUCGCAUGAAGUGGAUCCUGGCCUUGUGGAGGAAUCUCCCGGGCGCUGUGGCAGGCUUGAUCUCGGCCAACAAAGUCGAAAAGGAGGAGGCAUGUGUUAUGAAGAUCUCCCCAGAAAGAAUCUUGCCAUCUUCCUUCCCACUUUUCAUAGAUGAAGCUGAUCCACUGGCUCUUGACUUUUCCGCUUUGCCUGUGGAUGAUGUUGAUGUGAGGGUAACAACUCAUGUUCCUACCUUCAAGCUCCAAGUUCCUCAGUACUACAAGCUAAUAGGCUACCAGCCUGUGUCAGCCUGGGAAGCCUUUAAUGCCUUCAUUCCCAUAUCCUCAAUGCCACCACUACGCACCGGAGAUUCAGUGGAUGGUUCCAUGUCCCCCACACCAGAGGAUGAGAAGGAGCAAGAUGCCAGUGAUCUGAAUUUCACUUUCCCAAGCGCUCUCCUUCGUCCCACUCAUGCACACCCACUCAGAAUUUUUAACCCAGCUCCUGGCCUCCAGGCCUACAAGCCAACCCCUAAAUACCUCGAAAGCGAUGUGGACUUUCACCUCUGCCCGUUGCCUCGUUAUUCAUCGCCUGCAGGCCACACAAGUGGGAUGGAGUCACAAAGCUUACAAAUGCAAACUCUGGACCCAAAGGGAGCUAUCACAGGGUUGAAGACAUGGGACAAUUUCGAUUUGGUAACUGCAUCAUGUGUGUCCAGACAGGCUGCUCUAAGCAGCAACAUUCUGCAUGGUUCCGCCAAUUAUAAUAAAGACGUCCUUCCUAUGACAUCACCUGCUGCUUUCACCCAGCCUCCUGCUUAUCUUUCUGGAUGUACAGACAAAAGAUGUGAAGGUACGCUAACACCAGAGAUGAUCAAAAGGGUAUUCCUUUCUGGGUUCCACUGACAACCUUCCAUAGGGGAAGCACUUCCUCUACGAUAAAUAGGAUGUUAAUGGGUAGGC